AUGUUGUCUACAUUGAUGUGGCUUACGCUGGCCCUCGUGAUCCUCGCAACGCAAGGGUACACUAUCAUGGCGCGCUUUCUUCGGCUUUUACUACACACGUAUUUUCGUAAGAUUGAAGUGUACGGACUCAACAACUUUCCGCGCGAAGGGCCUGUCAUCCUGUGUCCAAACCACCCCAACAUGCUUGUGGAUGCCAUCCUAGUCAUGACUGAAGCCAUAAUUCAAGCUGGUGCCGUGCCUGUUUAUCGUCCGCGUCGCAAAGAGACCAGUCUUGCUGACGUGGACUCGGACAAGACCCCCGAAGAGCUCGAGGCGGCUAAUCGCGCUAUGUUUGAGCACACGUGGGGUGUGCUUGCUGAUAAUAAUGUCAUGGUGUUAUUUCCUGAAGGAACAUCGUAUACAGCACCAAAGAUGCUGUCGUUACGCACAGGUCUCAACUAUUUUAGUAAAGAUCAUUUUCGAAGCCAGAUGACACUGGAGUUUGGCCCACCUAUGGUGAUAACGCCUGAACUGGUGCACAGUGACGUUUUUCAACAGGACGAACACAGGGAAGUGAAGCGUCUUACUCAUGACUUGGAGGAACGAAUGCAUGAUUUGACUUUAAACGCAUCUGAUUUUACCAUAAUUCACGCGGCGCGAAUGAUGCGUCGCCUUUAUCUUAGCACCCCUGGAACCAUUGAUGCUCUAAAAGAGGUUCGCUUGACCCAGUUCAUUAUCAGAAUGCUGGAAGCGAAGCCUGAAAAUGAGGAGCAAAAGGAUCGAAUCAAAAGAACAUGUGAAAAAGUACUUCAAUACAAAGAGCAACUAGAAAAGCUAAGGCUGAAAGAUCAAGAGGUGAAUCAAUCGAUGCCAAAUGAGCAGUCGCUUAUAAAAUUGUUCUUCGAGCGAAUUUUGUACUUGUUGGUAUUGCUGCCCCUAGCAACACCCGGGCUUUUGCUUAACUUUCCGUACUAUUUUAUUGGAAAGAAGCUGAAUAGGCUGGCAGGUUUUGUGGAAUCCAAGUCCAUGUUCAAGAUUUUUGCGGCCGGUGUGUUGGUGCCAGUUCAUUGGCUUGUACUAAUUCUAGCAACUUGGUUCUUCUUUGGAUCCUCUUACGCGUACGUCUUGGCGGUUGGCUUGCCUCUUUUACUUUACUCGCACAUACGCGUACUGGAAGAAAGCCGUUCCAUAGCCGAGAAUGUGUAUUUUCUCUUUAAUAUCGCAACUCAUGCAGAGCAGGUUUCGGCGCUGCGAAAGGAGCGUGAGCUUCUAGCGCGAGAUGUCCACACUCUUGUGGAAUCAUUCGUAGAUGCCAAUUUCCUAUCUGCUUUGCACAAGUCAAUCGCAAUCUCACCCGUGAAUCGACGAUUUUACCAUCGCACUUCUUCCAUAAGUGACUCACUUCUAGCAAGGUGA